CACACGACUAAAGUUUUGGAUAGCGAAAGUAAGGUACUACUUAGUAAGGUGGGAAUGGACUCGGAUCAUGUAAACUAGUUGACGAGUUUAUCAACAUUCAUGGCAUAAAGUGGAAUAUUCAUACUUAAUUUGGAUUAUAAACGUCUUACUUGGAAACUGAUUUACUGGAUAUUUUUUACAUUUGUUGUGAAUGAUAUGCUUUGAGUGGAAAAUAUUUCUGUGGGAACAUAUUUUUGCAGGAUGGGCCUGCGUGAUCGCUGGACGCUAAAUGGUAGUCCGCCAUUCAAAACAGUUCUAUUGAUUGCGAUUGUGCUUAGCCUCAAUGGAGGCCUACGGAUCACUCUUGCUCAAGAUUCCUUAUGUAUAUCAAACAACCCUUGUCAAAAUGGAGGAACGUGUGAAGUGACGGAUAGUUCAUUUAGAUGUCUGUGUUCACCAAUGUAUGCGGGUGAAUUCUGUCAAUUUGAUAAUCCCUGCUAUGUCAACAUCUGUCAGCAUGGAGCAACUUGUGAAGUUCUACUGAGUAUGACAGAAGCGAUCCGCAGAUGUGUCUGUCCCCUGGGCUACUCCGGACCAAUCUGUACUAUUCCAUUAGACAACAUAUGUAAGCGAGAGUCUCCGUGUUUCAACCGUGGAGAAUGCAUACUGACAAUUUCAUUGGAAGAUUAUCGUUGCGAGUGUGCGCUUGGGUACACAGGUGAAUUGUGCGAGGACAUUGAUUUUUGUGCCGAUGUGCCUUGUGCCAAUGGAGCGACUUGCAGCACGCAGGAGGAUGAUUACACAUGCAUAUGCAGUAGCAGAUUCGUUGGCGAAAAUUGUCAAACUGAUGUUGAUGAAUGUGUUGAAACUUUCAAUCUAUGUCAUAAUGGAGGCACUUGUCUAAACACCUACGGAUCUUACGAGUGUAUGUGCGCACAGGGUUUUAGAGGAAUUCACUGUGACCACAUAUUUGUGCCGUGUGAGUUGUCACCAUGUCAGAAUGGUGGGACAUGUGAACGACUGGAUGCCUUCUCUGAAGCUUGUGUGUGUGCCACAGGUUUCAGUGGGAAUCAUUGCGAGACAAACAUCAAUGACUGCAUAAGCCACCAAUGUAGUAAUGGAGGAACAUGUGUGGACGGCAUCAACUCAUACACCUGUCAUUGUCCUGCAAAUUUUACUGGUACAUAUUGUAUAAAUGAUGUGAAUGAGUGUGACAUGAACAUAUGUGAAAAUGGGGCAACAUGCAUGAAUUUAGUUGGUGGGUACACUUGCCAUUGCGUUAAUGGCUGGGAUGGUGAUCGUUGCGAGAAUAACAUCGAUGAUUGUGCCGAUGCAGCAUGCCUAGAGGGCGCUACAUGUCAUGAUUACAUAGGGUCUUUUGUCUGUGAAUGUCCUGAUGGCAAAACAGGGCUUCUGUGCCACCUUGAUGACGCAUGCCAGAGCAGCCCCUGUCAGUCGGGUUCAAUAUGCGAGACCAACCCUCUGGAUGGCCUAGCCAAUUGCAUAUGUCCCAGGGGCUACACAGGAGGAGCCUGUGAUCAAGAUGUAGAUGAGUGUAACUUAUAUCCAAAUUCAAAUCCAUGUGACCAUGAAGGCACAUGUGAGAAUCUAUUUGGCUCAUUCCGUUGCAUUUGCACAGAAGGCUACGAGGGCACCUUCUGCGAAGAAGAUUUCAAUGAGUGCGCCUCAAAUCCGUGUGUGAAUCAUGGGACAUGUUUGAACCGGAUCGGUAGCUUCUUUUGUGUUUGUUUGAGAGGAUAUGCUGGAAUAUUCUGCGAGACUGAAGUAGAUGAAUGCGAUAGUCGUCCUUGCCAAAAUGGUGGCCAGUGUAUUGAUUCACUAGCCAGUUAUUCGUGCCAAUGUGCUCAAGGGUUUGCAGGCGUCAACUGUGAGAUCGAUGUCAAUGAGUGUGCAUCUCAUCCUUGCCAAAAUGGUGGAAAUUGUACUGACUCGACCAACUCUUACAUCUGCACCUGUAGAGAUGGGUAUGACGGUGACAACUGCAAUGUCGAUAUAGAUGAAUGUGCCACCCACCCUUGUCAUUAUGGUGAAUGCGUUGAUGGAAUCAAUUCAUACACAUGUAAUUGUGAGGACGGUUACCAAGGACCCCAAUGCGACAUUGAAGUGAAUGAAUGCGAUAGUAACCCAUGUAUUAAUGGGGGUACUUGUAUAAAUCUACUUAAUGAAUACAGGUGCUCGUGCUUAGAUGGAACCUCAGGAGUGAAUUGUCAAAUUAACCAAGUAGAAUGCGCCAGCAACCCUUGCUUUCAUGGCGCCACCUGCCUUGAUAGCAUCAAUGGGUACACCUGUACAUGCGUCGCAGGAUAUUCAGGUGUUCGUUGUGACGAAAAUAUUGAUGAAUGCCUAUCAAGCCCGUGUGUAAACAACGGAGUGUGCGUGGACCAGGUGAAUAGUUAUAAGUGUAUCUGCGCUCAGGGGUACACAGAUCCAAGUUGUAGUACCGAAGGUGAUGAAUGUGAAAGUAACCCGUGCCGCAACGGUGGAACAUGCAUCGACAGCAUCGGAGCAUACUCGUGCAAUUGUGUCAAUGGGUAUGGCGGCGUUCAGUGCGAAGUAGAUAUAGAGGAAUGCUCUUCCAACCCAUGUCAGCACGGAGGAACCUGCACCAGUGAUGCUGCUCUUGAUCACUACAGUUGUAGAUGUAUUCCGGGUUAUUCUGGCAUCAACUGUGAGAUCAAUGAUGAUAACUGCACACCUAAUCCAUGCAACAAUGGUGGCCUGUGUAUCGACAAAGUGGAUGGCUUUGAAUGUGCUUGUGAUAGGCUAUACUCUGGCGUGACCUGUGAUAAUGUGGUGGAUCCCUGCAGUAACAAUGACUGUCGCAAUGGAGCUGUUUGUACCCCACAUGAAUCUACUCCAGGAUACAUAUGCUCAUGUAGUCCAGGAUUUACUGGUAACCACUGUGAUAGGGACAUCAUCGAGUGUAUCAACUCACCUUGCCGUAAUGGUGCCUUCUGUAACAAUACCUAUGGUUCUUACCAGUGUGUAUGUAGAGAGGGCUAUACUGGAAUUCAUUGUACUGAAAACAUUGAUGAUUGUUCUCCAGAUCCAUGCCUAAACGGCGGAACAUGUAUGGAUGGCACUGCAGAUUACUCUUGUGAAUGCGUUGAUGGAUUCAAUGGUAAAAACUGCGAGGAAGACAAAGACGAAUGCGCAAGUAAUCCAUGUGAAAAUGGUGCAACGUGUAACGACUACGUGAAUAGUUUUACUUGUACGUGUUUGGUUGGAUUCAGUGGAGUUUAUUGCCAAACCAACGACGAUGACUGUACUCCAAGUUCUUGUUUGUACGGUGGAUCUUGUCAUGAUGGUGUUAACACAUACACAUGUGCUUGUCAGACUGGGUAUGUUGGACCUAACUGUCAGACCCCAGUCAAUGAGUGUCUCUCAAGCCCUUGCGAAAACGGAGGUACCUGCAUUGAUGGCCUUAGCUCAUUCACCUGUAAUUGUCAGAAUGGUUAUUGGGGUGAAAGAUGCCAUGAGAGAGUGAACUGGUGUAGUCAAGAUCACAACUUAUGCAUGAACGGGGCCACUUGCAGGAACAAUAAUGAUACGCUCUUUGAGUGCCUGUGUGCCACUGGUUGGAGUGGACAAACUUGUGAUAUGCCUACCAUCUCAUGUUACCUGGCCGCAAAUAGAACAGGAAAGAGUGUUAGUGAACUUUGUGAGAACGGUGGGCAAUGCGAGAAUAUUGGGACCAGCCACCAGUGUAUCUGUGCACCGGGAUUCUCUGGUAGCUACUGCCAGACAAACAACGAUGAAUGCGCAUCGUCCCCAUGUCUGAAUGGAGGAACGUGUCUUGAUGGCAUCAACAGUUUUACUUGUACUUGCAUAAAUGGAUUCAUGGGAACCAGAUGCGAAACCAACAUUAACGACUGUGCUGAGAAUCCGUGUAUGCACGAAGGAACCUGUCAUGAUUUAGUUGGUUCGUACAGGUGUACAUGUAAAGCAGGCACUUCAGGUCCGAAUUGUGAGGAGAACUGGAAUGAUUGUGGGCCAAAUUCAUGUUUCCAUGGCGGUACUUGCCAAGAUGGGAUAAACACAUUCCACUGUGACUGCCCUCCCGGGUUUGUUGGCCAGCGUUGUGAGGGAGAUGUCAAUGAAUGCUUAUCCAAUCCAUGCAACUCAACCGGAACGAAAGAUUGCAUUCAGCAAACCAAUGAUUAUCGAUGCAUUUGUAAGACAGGAUUUGAAGGGCGGUCAUGUGACAUUGAAAUGCAGAAGUGUACUCCGAACCCUUGUCUCCAUGGCACAUGCUCAGUCACUUCAACUGGCUUUCAAUGUAACUGCUCAUACGGGUAUCAUGGCAAGUCAUGUGAUCUGCAGCUUCUCUCCUGCAGUCAAAAUCCUUGUCAGAAUGGUGGCACUUGCCACGAUCAACAGAAUGGCUUCAAAUGCUUCUGUCCUGAUGGAACAUCUGGUGUUCACUGCGAACUCAAUGCCGAUGAAUGCCUCUCCAUGCCCUGCACCAAUAAUGGUAUCUGCCAAGAUCAGAUUGAUCAUUACUUGUGCGAUUGUCCACAAGGGCAUAAUGGUGUUCGCUGCGAAGUGAAAGAUCCAAACUUUGAAGGUGGCAUUGGGACAGUGGUACUUCCACCUACCCGUCCACCAAAUCCAGCAGAUGAUCAGUGCGCUGAUCCAGAAUGUGACGAGUUGGGAGGCAAUGGUUUUUGUGAUAAUAAGUGCAACAACCAUGCGUGUAACUGGGAUAGCACUGAUUGUUCAGUAGGUUUGGAUCCAUGGGAGAACUGUCCUGUCAAAGACUGCCACCUUGUCUUUCAAGAUCAUCAGUGUGACCCAGAUUGUAAUACUUCUAAUUGUCUGUAUGAUGGAUACGACUGCGACAACAAAAAACCAGUGCAUGAAUGCAACACUGUCUACGAUACCUAUUGCGAGAGAAAUUUUAUGAACGAUGUAUGUACCGAAUGGUGCAAAUCCCCCCAGUGUGUUUGGGAUGGUUUGGACUGCGAUACAGACCAACCGGUCUAUGCAAAGAAUGCCCUCGUCUUGAUCCUCAGUAUCGAUUACACCCUCAUGCUGACUCCAGAGGUCUCCCGUGCAUUCCUCCGGAACCUCAGUAUCAUCUUGCAAACAACACCUUUCAUUAUGAAUGAUAAAGAUGGCAAACCGAUGAUCUAUGAAUGGCGAUCUGAUAUUGAUGCUGCUGCCGGAAAUAAUUUGCAACGUGUACGUCGAUUCAUGUCCCCCGGUCGCAAAGCAAGAAACAGCAAUGGAGCUGUAGAAUACGGAUCAAAGGUUUAUAUAAGACUUGACAAUAGAGGGUGCCUUAAGGCUUCAAUGACUUGUUUUGGAACAGCCGCCGAAGCAGCAGCUUUUCUAGGUGCAGUGACAUCAUCUGGUAACAGCUCAUUUUAUCUGCCAAUUAUUACUGCCAAAGAUGAACCUAUUGAAACAGAAAGCUCACCGCAGACCUACCUUAUAUCAGCAGCUGUUGUCAUUGUACUGCUCCUUGGUUUACUUUAUGUUUUAAUGAACAGACGGAAAUUCCGUACAACCAUGGUUUGGUUCCCUGACAACUUCAAGACCAAGGAUUCCAAGAAGAGACCACAUGAAGAAACACCUAGACAAAUGCCAGUUGGACGUGAAGGUUCCCUGUCAUCGGACAGUAUUAGCAAUGACACAGGUGCAUGCUUGGAGGUAGAUGAGAAUGGAGAACACCUGACUAUUAAUCUUGAUGACACCAAUGUUCAGAGUAACAAGCGAAGAAAGAUUGAGCCUUGUUCACCACCGUACUCUGGACAGACAGUGUUAUCCGAUGAAGAAUUGGAUCAGCGCGAGUGGAAGCCUCAACAUAUCAUUGCUAAUGGUGGAUAUCAAGAUGGCGCACUCACACCUCCGCAGGAUGAAGAUUCUGCCGAAGAUGUUGAUGUCAGAGGUCCAGGUGGUAAGACUCCGUUAAUGUUGGCCGUGAUUAGCAGCGAUCGAGACCCAGAUGGCAAAAAUGAGCACUCUUAUGCGUUGAUUGAGAAUUUGAUACUUCAAGGAGCGAAUGUCAAUGCCAAGACUGAUAAAACCGGUGAGACUGCGCUUCACUUUGCUGCUCGGUUCAUGUGCCCUGGAGCAGCCAAGAUCCUUAUUGAUCGCGGUGCUCAUGUGAAUUCAGAAGACAACAAUGGACGCACACCCCUGCACACUGCAGUUGCUGCUGAUUCAUAUGAUGUUUUUAGGCUUCUUGUGAGUAAUAGAGCAACAAAUGUUGAUGCUAAAACCAACAAAGGAAUCACUCCACUGAUGAUGGGUGCACGUUUGGCUGUUUCUAAUAUGAUUGAGGACCUGAUAGAAGCUAAUGCAGACGUUAACCUCACUGAUAAUGAUGGCAAGAGUGCAUUGCAUUGGACCGCAUCAGUCAAUAAUGUCCAUGCAUGUCAGAUUCUUUUGCAGAGUCGAGCCAACAGAGAUAUCCAAGACCAUAUGGAUCAAACCCCUCUGCUGAUAGCUGCAAAGGAGCAUUCUGUAGAUGUAGUUAAAUGUCUGUUGGAUCACCAUGUCAACCGUGAAAUAACAGAUCACAUGGACCGGUCAGCCCGUGACAUUGCACAAGAAAAUUACAUGCAGGAUGUUGUAGAGCUACUGGAUUCCUAUAAAAUCGUACCAAGCCCAGCGAGUCUGAGUAUGAAUGGUGGUGUCUUGAGUCCUUCUAUUGGAAAGGAUGAGUAUGAUUUGAGCUACAUGCACCACGUGGGGAAGCAUCCGAAAAAGAAAGGCAGAUCAAAAUCAAAUUCACAUCCAAUGCAUGAUUACAGCACAAAGUCGCCCUUGUCAGAAAAUGGCAAGGAGAGAAAACCACGACAACGAAAGAAGCGUUCUUCAACAGACACCAGUGUGGUGAUGUCGCCGGUGAACUCACUUGAUUCGCCACAAACCCAUUAUGAAAGGACUCCUCCUCCUUACUCAAACGGGCAAAAUAUGAUGACACACGGUAUUGGCUUGGAGGAUGGCGUUGUACCAGUAAGCACCAGUCAUAUGCAACUGCCCCAUCACUUGUAUACUGAUAUGGCUCAUAUGAAUGGUUCACCGCAUCAUGCAAGCAUAGCUAGUAUGAAUGGCGAGGUGACAUGGGUUCAGGACGGCAUGAACCACCUCCACCAACAGCAACACAGCUUAGCUGUCCAGCAAAUUCAGCAAUCAAUGGUUGCGACACCCACUGUAUCUGAGCCUAAAAUGCAGCAGCCACACAUGACAGUCAGGUCACCAACAAAAGCUAGUUCCUACUGUAAUCCCACAGUGUCCAUGCAUAACAUGAUGUCACACCAGUUACACCACAGCCCGGGAUCUAUGUAUGCCGUAUCAGGCAUGACGGAUCCUCACAACCAUAUGGGAAUCAAUGGCGUCAUGUCAGUUAAAGAGCUUCAUCCCCUCAAACAUUCCUACAGUGCAGCGCACCAACAUCAACCCAUGUCAAACAUGAUGCAGCACAUUGCCAAGUAUCCUACACCUCCCUCGCACCAUAGUAAUGGAACGUCACCCCACUCUACAGGUCCCCCAAGCAAUGAAAGCACCAAUGCGUAUCUCUUCCCAGAAAGUUGUUUGACCCCUUCACCAGACUCGCCUGGAAAAUGGUCAAGCUCAUCACCACACUCAGCCCAUUCAGACUCGUGGUCAGAGGGCAUAUCAAGUCCUCCAGGGGCCACGAUCAUUAAUGGACAAUUACCUCAUACAAACGAGCAAAUUGCUGGGUAUCGUUCGCUCUACAUUUAGUGAGAGCCUGUGUAUUAUUAUUACAAACCUAUGUGUAAAUUGUAAGUCUUGUUGACGAGUCUUAGUCCAGCCACACUGUCUCAAUGUAGGUUACUAUGCAAAGUUUCUAAGACACCAGGUGUGAUUAAAAUUAUCCAUUCCGAAUUAUGUUGGUUGAACAUUCCGCCGUCGUUGCCACCGCUACGCGAUUGUUGUCAGUGGCAUUUUUAGAGGUGAAAAAUCUCUGAGGCUGAUCGUUUGCAGCUGUAGGAUAUUAAGAUGAAGAGGACUGUUUUACUUAUAGGCUGAAACCUUUCAUCGAAGCAGUUAGGGAGCAUAAUAAACAGAUAUGUUCCCUCUGUGUUGCUCUAAUGAAGUAUUUUAGAUGGCGGCAAAAAAAGAGGACCAAAUGCUUUUGUCUUCCAUGCACACAUGUAAAGCCCACAUGACCAGAAAAUACUUAAAUUGUUCUUAAAGGUUGUUUGUGGAAAGUAAUUUAGUGUGAUGUUUGACAAUAUUGUUACGUUUCAAGGCACGGUGAAAGUGUGCCAUAUGAAUAUUGGCGUGACUGCCUUGUAAUUAGACCAUACAGCUAUAUUUUGAUACACAAUCCAGUACAAAAAAAUAAGUGUAUUUUUUCUAGGUUAUUUAGGCUUGAGGUACAUCUGCAUUGUACAGUUUUAAUCAGUUUGAACCACUUUUUAUCUGAAGUUGCAUUUGUUACAGAAAUAUUUUAUGGACAAUUUUAUGCUUGAAUUUUUUUUUUUAUGGCUUUGUUCAGUUACCUUUUAUUUAAAUAAAUUAUGAACUUGAAUGAAAGGUUGUACGUUAGACAACAUAUGUUGGUAAGUUGCAUUUUAGUACAGAUUUUAUCAACUUCAAUGGUAUAGGAAGAAAAAUAAGAAUACUUAGUAUUUAAGAUAAGUAUUCUCGGUGAUCUGCCAUUCAGAAUGGUAUAGUUUAUAUAUUUUUUUUCUCUUGAAUGGUGCAAGAUACAGAAUAACAAGCUGUGUUUAUUCUGUAUUUUCAUGUAAAUUGUAUAUUAAGUGUCUUGUCUUGGUUAUUUCCACAUUUUAUUGUAAAAUAUAUACAGGAGAUAAAUAGAGACUUGGGGAAAAAUUUGAGGGAGAAUAAUUUUUAUGGAAUAUUUGACGACCAACAUGAGGAGAAAAUAAAUGAAUGUCUGAAAUCCAAUUUCUUGUUGGGGAAAAUUUAUUUUUUUUAUAAUAAUGUUUUACAUUACACAUGCCCAUGAGUAUAAUGUAUAUGUUUUUUAAAAAUAGUAAUUUUGAAAUGACUAUCAUUUUGAAACAACUCGAUGAAUCAAUAAUUAUUGAAAUAUGUUAUGAAAAUUAUUAAUUUCAAAUGUAUUUUUCGUAAACAAAACAAUGAUGACUGGGUAUAAAGUCAUUUUCAUAAAACAAACUCUAAGAUAAGAAGAGUUGGGCCAUACCAUUAAUAUAGAGGGUAUAUUUGUUAUGACAAAAAAAUUUGACUAUAUUCUGGUAUGACACUUAAUAGAUGGCCCACAAUUCUCACUAUUGAUUGUUAGUGAAUAUUUUUGUAUAUAGAUUUUAAAAGAGAGAACAUGCCUGAUUGGAGUUCAGGUUACAACUCCAGGGUAUACAGCAGAUUAUGAAAAACAAGAAAUUGUUAUUUUAAGUAAAUUAACAAAAGCGUACUUAAUAAUAUUGCACUUAAUGCCAUCACUGUGAAGUGGUAUUAAAAUGCUUACAUUGCAGGAACUUUAUUUUAAUAAUUGUUUGUGUGUCAUGAGUUUUUGUAACAAUUAUACAAUUUUAUCACUAAAAACGAAAUAUCUUUUCAACGUCCACAAUCAAAAUUUUAAAAGUGUACUUAAAGAUUUCUUACUUGUUUCAGUUUUUUACUGGUAUACUUAUCAAUUUCAUACACAUAAAAGUUUGUUUAAAAGUUUGAGCAGUUUUGCUUCAAAUUUGUAGCUUUAGGUAAUUUUAGAAUUGCUUUGAUGAGGCUUGUUUCAGCACAAAGUUACAAGAGAUCAUUUGUGUUUAAUAUUAUUAUUAUUGUUGUAUUCAUGAAUAAACAAACUGAUGUACCUUAAA